UUUCAUCUAAAUGAAAUGCACAAGCCUGGUGAAGUGGUUCUGGGUGGGUUGUUUGAGGUCCACUACACCUCUGUUUUCCCUGAAUGGACAUAUACCUCAGAGCCACAGCAACCUACCUGCACAGGUUUCGACACUCUAGGAUUCAGGGAUGCUAUGACCAUGGCUUUUGCUAUUGAUGAGAUCAACAAGAAGCCUGAUUUUCUACCAAACUUAACUCUUGGAUACAGCCUGUAUGAUAACUGCGGUGCUCUUGUUAUUGGAUUCAGUGGUGCCUUAUCUCUGGCUAGUAGCCAAGAGGAGAAGUUUAUGUUUCAGGAGAACUGUUCAGGAACCCCUCCAGUCCUGGGGAUAGUUGGUGACUCCUAUUCAACUUUUUCUAUAGCAAUUGCUGAUGUGCUAGGUUUAAUCAAAAUGCCAAUUAUUGCGAGUGAAGCCUGGGCAACAGCAGCUGUACUUCAGACGCUCAGCUUUAUACAUUACCUUGGAGGCACACUGGGAGUAGCGAUUCGUCGAGGAGACAUACCAGGACUCAAGGAAUUCCUCUUACAAAUACAACCUGAUAAAAAUGACAACUAUGGAAAAAAUAUGGUCAGCCAGUUUUGGGAACACACAUUCAGAUGUAGAUUUAAUCCAGCAGAUAUAACUGAAGAUGAUGAAGUUCUAUGCACCGGAGAGGAAGAUGUUAGAGGGGCAGAAGCUGAGUUUUUGGAUCUCUCUAACCUUAGGCCUGAGUACAAUGUUUAYAAGGCUGUGUAUGCGCUGGCAUAUGCUCUUGAUGCCAUGCUGCAGUGUGAGUCAGGAAAAGGGCCUUUCAGUGGGAACAGCUGUGCCAGUUUGCAAACUCUGGAACCAUGGCAGCUUUUACACUAUUUGCAAAGUGUCAACUUCACCACUUUGUUUGGUGAUCAAGUGUCAUUUGAUGAGAAUGGUGAUGCUCUACCAAUAUAUGAUGUGAUGAACUGGCUGCCRCUCCCUGAUGGAAGAGUUGAAGUUCAGUAUGUGGGUGAGGUAAAGAGGACUGCACUCAGAGGUGAAGAACUCACACUUGAUGAAAACAAAAUCUUCUGGAACUUUGAAUCAAAACAGCCUCCACGUUCAGUGUGCAGUGAAAAUUGUCCUCCAGGUACCCGAGUGGCCAGAAGAAAAGGACAACCUGUGUGUUGUUUCGACUGCAUUUUAUGUUCUGAAGGAAAGAUCAGUAACAACACUAAUUCCUUGGAGUGCUUCAGUUGUCCAGAGGACUUCUGGCCAGGCYCACGCAGUGACCACUGUGUUCCUAAGAAAACUGAGUUCCUGUCCUAUCAGGAGCCUCUGGGUAUCUGUUUGACAACCACCUCACUGCUGGGAACAUUUAUMUGUGCAGUUGUUCUGGGGAUCUUCACCCAUCAUCGAAGCACACCUAUUGUGAGGGCCAACAACUCAGAACUGAGCUUUUUGAUUUUACUCUCACUGAAACUUUGCUUCCUGUGUUCGCUGCUGUUCAUUGGACAACCCAAACUGUGGACAUGCCAGCUGAGACAUGCAGCAUUUGGGAUCAGUUUUGURCUUUGUGUCUCAUGCAUCCUGGUUAAAACCAUGGUGGUUCUGGCUGUAUUCAAAGCUUCCAAACCAGGAGGUGAAGCCCAUCUCAAGUGGUUUGGUCCUACACAGCAGAGAGGAACUGURUUUGCUCUUACUUGUAUCCAAGCAGCAAUCUGUGCCAUGUGGAUUGUCUCUGCUUCACCAGUGCCUCAUAAAAACACCCAGUACCACAAUGACAAGAUAGUUUAUGAGUGUGAGAUUGGUUCAACACUUGGAUUCUCAGUUUUACUCGGCUAUAUUGGCUUACUGGCUAUUCUCAGCUUCAUGUUAGCAUUUUUAGGACGAAAUCUUCCUGACAACUUCAACGAGGCAAAAUUUAUCACUUUCAGCAUGUUGAUCUUCUGUGCUGUGUGGAUGGUCUUUGUUCCUGCAUAUUUAAACUCUCCAGGUAAAUAUGCAGAUGCAGUGGAGGUGUUUGCCAUMCUGGCUUCUGGUUUUGGCCUCUUGUUAGCAYUGUUUGGACCUAAAUGUUACAUAAUCCUCUUGAGACCAGAAAGGAACACAAARAAGGCUAUCAUGGGUCGGGAAACCACUAAGUCUUGAGGAGUUCAGRAUUUAUGAAGUUAUCUGCAAAAUAUCAGUUGAGACUAWCRGGAAUGAGUUUUAUCAGAGGCUAAUGAGACACAGAACAGAUUUCAU